AUGAAAACGGAAUUAGAGCACUACCGUACCGAGGACAUUUACGUAAACUCACGGGCCAUUCAAACUUUGAAAGAGGCGUUCCAGAAAAUAGCGGUCAAUCAGAGAACGCCCAGAAGAAUUAACGGAAAGAACAUUAUGGUAGCGGUCAAGGGGAAACAUAAUUCACUGACAAAUCGAGUUGCACAAGACCAUGGAACUAUCAAGAAUGUUGGAGUCAGAAGUAUCAAGAUUUAUGCAGAAAAUGAAAAGGUUAAAAUUUGCGGUCGUGAUUUUGUUAAUGCUGAAUGCAAGAGGAAAUCUGCUCCACUUAACAACAGUAUCAGUCAGGCCGAUGCAAGUGGUUUAAAGGUGGGUCCCAAGAAUUCAGAGAGGAGUAAAGGGAAGCAUGGUUCUGUUAAGAUAAAUGUUGGAAGAAGAGUUUUAGCUGAUGUCAGCAAUGUGUGGGGCAACAUCUCAAGGAAUGAACUGCAUGAUGGUUCAAAGCCAGCGAAGUAUAAAAGUGAGAGAACCACGAUCUUAACACGGCCAUCACUUGGUCCAGUUACUAGGACUAUAAGUUCUUCAUCAAGUAAACCACUGAUGGGAAAAUUGAGGGCAAACCAAAGUCAAGCUAUUGGUGGCCAGUAUACUUUGAAGAAAGUCGCCAGUAAGGAUUUGAAAAUAUGUUCUGAUGACUUGAGAAUCAAGGACCCAGGUCGUACAUCAGUCAAUACUUUUGGCAGGACAUCUGAAAGGAAUCCUCUCCCACCAACAAGGAAAUCCCUAUCGGUGAUCAAGCAGGUCAACCAGGUGGUUACAAGUGAUGCAAAUAAGGAGAAGAAUGCUGAAAAUUCGGAAAAGAAUAAAGGAAGGCGUGGUUUCUCUGCUAAGCCCAAAGUUGGUUGGAAUGCUGCACCCCGAACAAGCAAUCCCCAGAGUCAACUUUGGAGGACUCGAGUUAGUGAUGGCUUCAUAAUUAUGGCUUCAAAAGGUGAACCUAAGGUGGAUGCCCGGGCAUUAUCAAUAAAAUCAAUGAAGCCAGCUGUAAAAACCAUGGUUACAAUUUCCAAUACUCGAAGGACUUCAAAAUCCAAGGGCACAUCAGGUUUGAACAAGUCAACAUCAGGUGCUGCUCUUUCAUCCAAGAGAAAACAGAACAUGGCAACAUCAUCUUUAUCUCAACAUAGGGCAGCAAUUUUUCCCCAUGAACAACCUGCUCGAGAAGAGCUUACUUCUGAUAAAAGCUCCAACUUAGGCACAACUGCGUCAGAUAUCUUCCCUGGGAGAAAAUCAGAUCGUAGGAAGUCUUAUACAUCUACACUGAUGGCAAGAUCAAAGCUCCUUAAGGAAAAUGGUGAACUUCUAAAGCAGGAAAUGCUGCCAAAUAUUUAUGAUGAUAGCAAUCAUCUUGAAGUUGCUGAAUAUGUGGAUGACAUCUAUCAGUAUUAUUGGGUUAUAGAGGCGCAGAAUCAAUCACUGAAAAGUUACAUGGAAAUUCAGACAGACAUUACACCUCAAAUGCGGGGAAUAUUGAUUAACUGGCUUAUCGAAGUCCACUUAAAAUUUGAUCUGAUGCAAGAAACUCUUUUUCUCAUGGUUAGACUGUUAGACCAAUACUUGUCACUUGUCAGAGUUAAGAAGAGUGAAAUGCAGUUGGUUGGUCUUACUGCACUUUUGCUGGCAUCAAAAUAUGAGGACUUCUGGCAUCCGAGGGUUGUUGACUUAAUUAGCAUCUCAGCAGAAUCAUACACAAGAGAUCAGAUGCUUGGAAUGGAGAAGGCCAUUUUGAAGAUGUUGAAGUUCCGCCUCAAUGCACCCACUCCAUAUGUCUUCUUGUUAAGGCUUAUCAAGGCUGCUGAAUCAGACAAAAAGUUGGAACAUCUAGCGUUCUACCUCAUUGAGCUGUGUUUAGUUGAAUACGAAGCUUUAAAAUUCAAGCCCUCGUUGCUAUGUGCAUCAGCUAUCUAUGUCGCACGGUGUACUCUGCAAAGGACUCCACCAUGGACCCCACUGCUUGGCAAACAUGCUCGCUAUGAAGAAUCUCAAAUCAGAGAGUGUGCAGAGAUGAUCUUGAAAUUCCACAAAGCUGCAGAAACGGCUAUUUUGAAAGUGACACAUGACAAAUACUCGAGUCAAGAUUACAGCAGAGCUGCAGCUGUAAGACCUUUGGAUAGGCUUCCCCUUUGAUGACAAGGCUCGAAUCAAAUUUAAAUUUGUAAAAGUCUUCAACAGGAAAUAUGGCACUUGGGAGGGAGACGUAAGUUUCUCUCGAGUAAUCUUUUUUUUUUUUUUUCUCUUUGA